AUGGUUCUCAUGGGCUACCAAAUGGUUGUAUUCCUUUUGCCAUCCCGGGUACAAUUGUUUUCCAAGCUGGAUUUAGAUUCUUCGACCCCAUUCUUCGACUCAGAUUCUUCGAUCUCGUUCUUCGACUCACAGGCUCACAGCACAACAACAAAUAUUCGACUCUUCAGGUAUGGCUUCAUAUUUGGCCGAGAAUCUGCUUCUGCUAGAAAACCCUCUCCUCAUUCUUCAAUUGAUAACUUCCUUGCUUCUCUCUACUGCCAGUCUGCUUAUGCAUUAAGCAUUCUGUUUUGGCCAGUUUUGUUUCCUUGA